CUCUCUCUCUGACGAGCUGUUGGAGACUUAAGAAACACCAUAGGAGAAUUGUGUCUGCCCGUCCACGAGGAUUACCUUCUAGCGCCUUUAAUAUUUUACCAACAAAAACAACGUUUUGUCACUUUUUUUUUCAAAUCUUUUGCUCCUGUAAUCUGUUUCUAAUCUUCUUCUGUUUUCUCCAACGGGAAGAGCUCUCUCCAUGACAUCCCAGUCCUCCGCGCGUAACAGCACUUGAUCUCGGCGCGGGGGGAAGCGGACGGAGGGACGAUGGCCAUCCACGCCGAGGGUCUCGUGGCCAUCGUGAUCUUCUACGUCCUGAUCCUGUUCGUGGGGAUCUGGGCCGCGUGGAAGAACAAGAGCUCCGGGGUCGGCGAGGGCGGGGAGCGGAGCGAGAGUAUCAUGGUCGGGGGAAGGGACAUCGGACUGUUCGUGGGUGGAUUCACAAUGACCGCCACUUGGGUGGGUGGGGGCUACAUUAACGGGACAGCGGAGUAUGUCUACUUGCCAGACUACGGCCUGGCCUGGGCACAGGCACCGUUUGGUUAUGCUCUCAGCCUGGUAGUGGGAGGCCUUUUCUUUGCCAAACCCAUGCGCUCGCGUGGAUACGUCACCAUGCUGGAUCCAUUCCAGCAGCUUUAUGGAAAGAGGAUGGGGGGCCUGCUCUUCAUCCCUGCGCUGAUGGGAGAAAUCUUUUGGUCUGCGGCCAUUUUAUCUGCCCUGGGUGCCACUCUGAGCGUGAUCGUGGACAUAAACAUAAAUAUGUCUGUGGUGAUCUCAGCUCUGAUAGCUAUCUUCUACACACUUGUUGGAGGACUCUACUCUGUCGCAUACACAGAUGUGGUCCAGCUCUUCUGUAUCUUUUUGGGCCUGUGGAUCAGCGUGCCCUUUGCCCUGUCCAAUCCUGCUGUGACAGACAUCAGUGUUUCAGCCAAGGAAGCGAUCUACCAGUCACCCUGGUUGGGGAAGAUUGAGCCUGAGGACAAAUGGCUCUGGGCCGACAACUUCUGUUUGCUGAUGUUGGGGGGGAUUCCCUGGCAGGUCUAUUUUCAACGGGUUCUUUCUGCCUCUUCAGCUACCUACGCUCAGGUCCUUUCCUUCAUCGCCGCCUUCGGCUGCUUGGUCAUGGCCAUCCCCUCGGUCCUCAUAGGAGCUAUAGGGGCCUCCACUGACUGGAACCAAACUACUUACGGUUCCAUCGCUCCGAAGGACAAGGAAGAAUCAGACAUGAUCCUUCCCAUAGUGCUUCAGCACCUCUGCCCACCCUACGUCUCCUUCUUUGGUCUGGGGGCGGUGUCGGCUGCCGUCAUGUCAUCGGCGGACUCUUCUAUUCUCUCUGCCAGCUCCAUGUUUGCCAGGAACAUCUAUCAGCUCGCCUUUCGGCAGUCGGCCUCAGAUCGUGAAAUUGUUUGGGUGAUGCGCCUCACCAUCUUUGUGUUCGGAGCUCUCGCCACUGCCAUGGCAUUGUUGACGGGAUCGGUGUACGGCUUGUGGUACCUCAGCUCCGACCUGGUCUAUGUCAUCAUAUUCCCCCAGCUUCUCAGUGUGCUAUUUGUCAAGGGCACCAAUACCUAUGGUUCGGUGGCUGCCUAUGUCUUUGGUCUUCUGCUGCGCAUUGGUGGAGGGGAGCCCUACCUCAAACUCCCUCCCUUCAUCUUCUACCCUGGCUGGGUCACCCAGGAGAAGAAACACCACCUCACUGGCGACGUCGAGUACUUUGUCCAGCAGAGGUUUCCAUUCAAGACUGUGUCCAUGGUGGCGUCCUUCUUGGCAAAUGUGGCCUUUUCUUACUUGACCAAGUACCUGUUUGAAAGUGGUAUGCUGUCACACAAGUAUGACUUCCUGGAUGCCGUGGUGUCCAAGCACAGCAAGGAGAUCAUGGACAAGGCUAUACUGGUGAGCAACCAUGAUAACAUCAUUCUGUCAGAGAUGGCGCCCGUCAAGCAGGCCCUGGGCACGUCGCUCGCCGGAACUUUCAUCAACACUGAGGUCCUCAGUGAUGAUGGGACAUCCAGUCCAGAGGCUUUUCACAAUGAAAACUAGACAACAACGGCACAAAGGACACUAGAACCAGGGAAUGUGAAGAAGAAGGAAUAGUCAAAGAGGCGUCAACAUUCUUCAGGAAUCUCGCUACUGCCGCACUGGAAGCUAAAUCAACAGAAAUCUCCAAGUGACUCCACAAGUCUGUUUCAUGCUGAUGACAUGGUGCCUCCUUCUUUUUUGAGAUUCCUUGGCUGAAAACAAGGAGUUGAGUGUCAAUCAGCUGUGUUAGGCAUACCAUACUCAUCACUGUGUUAUUUAACAUGACAAUGAAUCCAAAACCACUGCAAUCAUUUUAUUUUAAAGGCUGCUACAGUAAUCAGAGGAACUCUGACAAGGAACAUACAGCAAACUUAUAUAUGGAAGUCUGCAAGGGUUUGCAGUGGGUCAUGAGAAUAGUGCAAUAUCUAACCAAGGAGUUAUGUCUUUGUCCACAGUUUGUGUGUUAAUAUUCGUGCGUGGGUGCGUGUGUGUGCUCCUGCUGAAAACGCCAGAAACUGUUUUUUCAGACUAAGUAUAGUACAUUUAUUAAUAGAGCAAUAAUAUUUUUAGGAUCUAUGUUUUAAAGUUAGAUACAGUAUGCUUCACUUGUUUAGGGUUAGGUUACAGUCAUUGUUUUUAACUUGAAGACCAGUCGCUUUUUUUGGCGGAUUUAAUGGUGUGUGUGUGUGUGUGUGUGUGUGUGUGUGUGUGUGUGUGUGUGUGUGUGUGUGUGUGUGUGUGUGUGUGUGUGUGUGUGUGUGUGUGUGUGUGUGUGUGCGCGUGUGUGUAUGUGUUCAGCUUGCCAAGUUACAGUAAUCCUCCUGUCAUACUCGUUUAUUCCAGAAACAGUAAGUGUCGAACUAAGAACCUCGUACCUCCAUGAUAUGCCCAAACCCUGGACUCGCCGAGCAGAAGGUUUUGAUACUGAGUUGAAUUUGUGCAGAAUCCCAGAUUACAUUCAUUCCGCUUUAGCUGAUAAAUGCUCCACUCUGUUUACCAGCUAGUUGCUAACUGUGAAACAUAGUCAGUGAGUGUGUGCGUACAGUAGUUGUGUACAAUGGUGACAAAGGUUGUGAACUGGGAAACCAAAAGAAUGAAGAGAAAGAUGGAUAAACACAAGCUGAUAUUUAUUUAAUUUCAUCCCAUGUUUAAGUAAAGGAAAUGAUUAGAUAUAAGUUAUAAUGUUUGAUAUACUUAGACACAAACUAUCUGGUGUCAAAGUCAAACUACCUUGACCUCCACACCUUUGGCACAAUAAAAUUUGCACUGAAUGCAAAACAUUUAGCAGAAUAAUCACGGUAUAAAUGCAAUUCCAUUGGAGUCUCAGCUUUUAUUACCAAUUAAAUCAUAGCAUCGUUUUAUAGAUUAUUUCAUGUUUUUCCUGUGCACCUUCCAGACAGCCAUUGGCUUCCAUUCAUUUCUACACGUUAUCAAGAAUUAUCUUCAGUCUUCAAACAUUCAGACGUCUUUGAUGUAUAACUGCAACUGCAUUACUAUCAAUCGCAACAAUAAAAGCACAUACAGUGUUCAUUUUGUAAGUUCAUUUUCACACAUAAAUGAAUGGAACAAAAUUGCUGCCUGGACAGUAUGAAAAUUCAGAAAUCGUUCAUUGGCAGUGUACACACAUUAUAUAAAUAUCUCGAAAUUAUCUCAAAGGACAAUAAUUGUAAAAUGAUCCCGCAGGCCCCUUUUUGGAACACGCCUGUGUGCAUGUGCCUAUAAAUGUGUGUUUGCUCAUCCUAAAUCUUUACUGACUGGGCAGUCACAGCAGGUUAGAGGAGGCAGGAAGUGAUUUUUUCCUGGGAGAACAUUGUCAGUAGCACCAGUCAUUAUCUGUCCAGUCCCCCACUCAAUUAGCCUUCAGGACAUUUGAUUCAUGUCGGAAACUGCUCCGAGACUUUGGUUUAAAAGGGUUUUUUUUACAGUGUGUUAUCAGUAGUGAUAAUCUGUUGAAUUUAAGCACCAUUUUAUCACACACACUAACAAUAUAUUGUCAAAGGUCUGGCUGUUUUAAACUACUAUACGCACUGCUGUCAAAUGAAGGAGUUGUCACUUUGUGCAGUGAGUUUUGUCAGGAGUGUUUGUCUUGUCGUUUGUUGGUGUCUCUUUGAAUCUAUGGACACGCCUUAAUCUAAAAGGUCGGUGGAGUAAUAUGAUAUAUAUAUGAUAUACUGUAUUUUAUUCAUUGUCAACACUUAAUACCGACUGUCACCAAAAAGCAACAAUGUGUUGGUCUAUCUCCCAGUAAUCUCUGAUUUCCCACAGGCCAUCUGUGGUUUUCAGCCACAAACCCAUUCAUCAUCUGUGUCAUUUUUUUUCAAGACAGAGCAAACACAGCUCGGCAGUGCAGAUUUCAGAAAAUGUUACUCAAAUGGUGCAUUCGUUUGGGGACUAUUUGAACAUGUGGAUUAACACAUAUUCUGUGUUUUUUGGACACUGGCCCUCUCAGGCACACAGGAAUAAGAUAUGGGCCUGCGAAGCUUUGCCUACGGAGAAAAUACUUGAUAGAAGGAUCAUGUUAAUUAAAAUGUUUGGUCCUUUCAAAGAAUUUGGUGACAGUAAGAAAAAACUAGUAGUCAUUCCUUACCACAGCUAGGGGACUUGAUCCUCAUACGCAUUCCACACCCGCGUAGGUACGGUGAAAUGUCCCAAACUGAUGCCGUCCCCUCUCUAAUUUAAGGAUUACAGUUGUGGAACUUUAUGAUAUGCCACCAAGAUGACGUCGGUGUCAAAUUGAACGUAGUGACUGCUGCUCUGACGCUAUGCAAGGUGUCAGGCAAUGGCGUUGGACUUGAAAUGUGAAUGUAAAUGUUCCUCCCCAUCAGAUGAGGCUCAUAAUGAGUGGGUCGUAGCUUCGGCUCAUCCACAAACCUGAACACAAAGAGAAAAGAAUCAACGUCAGCUGUCACACUGACACAUUUGUGAUCUGUGUCGUAAAUUGCAAUGAUGCUGUAUUUUUGUGUGAUAAAUGUAUAUACCAAGAAAACACCAUAGGAACAAAUUAGUCUCCUUUUAAAUGCAGCAAUGAAAAUUAUGUUUGUUGGCGUAGAAAUUACAGCUAUUUAUUUAUUCAUGCAGUUACUAUAAAAGUAUAGUUGUAAACAUACGUGACGUCAGUUGAAUAAAUUAUAUUAAUUAGCACA